AGUCAGAUCUGUUCAUGCAUUUGGUCUUAUUAUGGUUGAAUUUAUCUCCUUAGAUUACCUUGAUAGUAGCUAGGAAAUUUCUGAUCUGUUUAAAGCGUAUGUUAUGUUUGAUGUUUGUGGUACAGUUCUAUAAAAAAUGGCCGACACUGAGGAUAUUCAGCCCCUUGUUUGUGACAAUGGAACUGGAAUGGUGAAGGCCAGGUUUGCCGGUGAUGACGCACCACGGGCGGUCUUUCCAAGUAUUGUCGGUAGAYCACGUCACACUAGUGUUAUGGUAGGAAAGGGUCAGAAGGAUGCUUAUGUUGGAGAUGAGGCAAAAUCCAAAAGAGGUAUCCUUACAUUGAAAUAUCCAAUCGAGCAUGGAAUCGCCAGCAAUUGGGAUGAUAUGGAAAAGAUUUGACAUCACACUUUCUACAACGAGCUUCGUGUUGCUCCUGAAGAGCAUCCCGUUCUUCUCACCGAGGCACCUCUAAAUCCCCAGGCCAAUAGAGAGAAGAUGACCCAAAUCAUGUUCGAAACCUUCAACGUUUCCGCUAUGUAUGUUGUC